AUGCUAUCACAUAGAGUUUUGCACGUAUUCAGAUUCUUUGCAACUUCGACUUCAUACAAGCUCGGAUAUAAUCGACCGUAUAUAUUCAUAAGUAGGAAAUAUAUAUCAAGUCUUGAUACUCCCGAAGAAAGGGAAAGAGCUGAAAAAUGGCUACAACGAUUCUCAAAAGACAAAAUACCGAGAGAAAUGCUUACAAUAACGUUUGCGAGGAGCAGUGGACCUGGAGGACAGAAUGUCAAUAAGUUGAACACCAAAGUUGAUAUGAGAUUUGUACUUGAUCAGGCAUAUUGGAUACCCGAAUAUGCAAAAAACAAACUUCUUGUUCAGCAAGCGAACCAUGUCAACAAGAAAGGCGAGCUCGUAUUCACUUCUGAUAAGACACGUUCGCAACUGAAGAACAUUGAGGAUUGUAUUGAUAAGUUAUACGCGGCGAUUGUGAAUGCGGCAAAAGUGCCUAAAGCACCGAGUGAGGAACAGUUGCAAAAGAUUGAGGAAUUUAAAAAGGCAGAGCAUAGACGACGGAAAGAGGAAAAACAAAAGAGAUCUGCGGCAAAAGCUCAGCGAAAGUGGAGAGACGAUUAA